CAGUCCCCGCUCUGACGCGUUUUUAGCCGUGCUGCUGUCGGUUAAUUUAACGGCAGGGAAGCCCAAUAGAAUAUGGAGGCGGGUGACGUCCUGCCCUGCCCAAAGCAAAUUCGCAGCCCCCACCCGAGACCUGCUGAAUAAAUACGCCCAGCAGCGGGAUUUUAAAACCAUGAACCCCCAAUGGAACCGAUCCCGGCGUUUACCAUCCUCUGCGCGCUGUUGCAUACAGUUUCUUCUCUCAAAUGCCUGACGUGUACUGCGGAGGACUGGGCCUCCUGCCUGGGGACUGAAACAACCUGCGAUGCCUCGGUGAGCUCCUGCGUUUCUGCCAUCAGUACAGUGCUCACAGGUGGCGGGGAACGUGUGACCAAAGUCUUCCGGUCUUGUUACCCCACUGCCCUCUGUGACAAGCCUGUCUCCUUCAACGUCACCACGUCAAGCGGGCACGUCAGUUUAAAAUGCUGCCACACGGAUAGCUGCAACACUGAACACGUGACGGCAUCUGAAGACAGGCCGCUGGCUAAACUGGAGUGCUAUGGCAGCUUUGGAGUGAAACCAAAAUGCAGAUCGAAAGUAAAAUGCUCCGCCAGUGAAGACCACUGUCUCAAAAUAGGAACCGAAGGGCGGAGAGAGGAUGGCGUUAAGGGAUGCGUUUCGAAAAGCCUCUGUGACGUGGACUCCCCAGCGUCGCGGUUCAUCCAGGACUCCCUCACUGGGAGAAGAUUCUGCUGCAAAACCAAAGAUUGCAACAGCGCCCGGCCUCUGGAUCCGAGCUCCCUGCUCAUACUGAUUCCCCUCUCAGCGUUCUUCUUCUGAACCGAAGCAUGCCCUGCCGCCCCUGCUCGAAAUGGCUUCAUCGAAACAAUUCAUUAAACCUCCAUCCAGACCCUGCAGUCUCACUGUACCUGUUAAACAAACCUGGAGUGGACUGAUGGCCCUCCAGGAUCGUGAAUGACUGAUUAGACACCCCUGUUCUAAAUAAUACAACGCAGUCUUUUAUUAUGGUCUGAAACAGCAUUGCAAUGGUUCUGUACUGAGUUCUGUAUUGAGAAUUCAUAGACUUCAAUAUAAAUAAGUGAGUGUAGUUACGAAGGCAUCAAAAGCCUACCAUUGUAAUAAAUAAAUAAAUAAAUAAAUAAAUAAAUAAAUAAAAUCCCUAAAUAUUACUAGUUACGUCAUAUGCCCUGCAGGUUAGAUCAGCCAGUGUGUUCUAGUAGUAAUCGCCAGCGCCCUCUAGUGCACAGCGAGUGUACUGCAGCAUGAAAGACCUUAACGUUAUAUUUUUUAUAAGAACCGCACAGAAUUGUUACAAACGGUAUUACUACAGUAGAAGAUAAUGAGAGUGAAGCUACUGCAAUGCUUGUGUUGCAUAGAUCUAAUUUAAUCAAUUAAAACCCGCAUCAACACCGUGAAGUCGUUCAUGACCUCAUUUUACCUGUUAAACAAACAUGACGUGGACCGGGCCUCCAGGGCCGGGAUUGGACAAGAAGCCGGGUUUAUUAAUUAGCAUCGGUGCUUGGCUGCACUAAAACACACGCACGCACGCACGCACGCACGCACGCACGCACACACACACACACACACACCCUGAGAUAAGAACAGAAACCCUUUCACAAUUAACAAUCAAAGACAUACAUUAUAUAAUAUUUACAUGGUUAUAAAAUAAAAAAGGAAAGAAGUAAUAAUCUUCUAUACAUUGGGCAAUAUAUCUAUAAAUAUGAUUUUUGAUUCUCUGAGAGUGAUCAGUCUCUACAGGUAUUACAGUAUGCUUGGCUUGUCGAUCUCAAUCACAUGCAGCUCUCGGCUUGUUUUGGUAUUCUAGCCAUUCUGCAGAAGACAAAAAAGCAGAGGGUUAAGCUUAGCGAGACUGCCAGUGCAUUGCAGUUAGAUCUUGUGUUUUAUACAUACUGUAUAGAUUGUUCCAGCUAACCAGCCUUCCCCAGGGUCAUGUAGAGCCCCCUGCUGAAAUCCAUUAAACCAAAUCCUUCAGACUGUUAAGAGAGAUGAUUUUCCAAGCAUUUCGGGUGCAAAUCAUCUGCCGUAGACUUCAGGGAUGGAACUGAGACCCCCAUUUCAUAGCAGUGUGAUCCAUUCCUGGUUUUCAGUUUAAUAAUAAGACACAGCUGAGCUUGCUACCUGCACACUGUGUCUGAUCAAGCUCAUAGUAAAAUUCUGGAACGGGUGACACUGCUGUGCAAUAGGAGCCUUAUUUCCAUCUGUGUAGUUAAUGUGAAGAGAUAAUUCUUUUUUUUUUUUGUAUGAGAGCUGUCGGGCGGUGGGGUUCAUGUGAGAAGGGGCAUUAUCACAGUUCUUCCCUACCGGUUCAGGAGGUGUAGAGAGACUCAUCCGAGAACUCCAAAUCCUGUUCAGAGAAACAGAACAAAGUUAUUGAUUGAGAAAGAGAAUAUACAACAGGGAUGGGAAUAAGACUCCCGCUGCACAGCAGUGUGAUCUGCUCCUGGUUUCACUAGGAGUUUAAUAAUAAGACACACCUGAGCUUGUUAGCUAGACACACUGGGGGCUGAUCAAGCUGGUAGUAAAACCUGGACUGGAUCACACUGCUGUGCAAUAGGAGUCUGAUUUCCAUCCCUGUAUAAUAUUAGAUAAAGCUGUAGAAAAAAAAAACACGUACUGUGAAGACUUCUGGUUUGGCAUUUCUUUGUUUUCUGAUUUUACCCUAAAAAAAAAAAAAAAUUCUGUGUCGUAUUUACUUUGCACGUUGUUAGCAAUUGAUGUUAUGUGAUAUUUAAAGCAGUCUCGUUUAUGUUAUUUAACUGCUGGCUGGUCAACAGCGACUUACUGUUUUCUGUGCAACUGUGGGUGGGAUGUUUUCAUAUAGUGACAGGCCAUCAUCAGCUGCAGCAUGUGAACCUGUGAUACAAUGAAAAUUCAGUGUUACAGUAUAUAUAAAAAGAAUUCAAAUCAAUUAUU